AGACAAUUUGUGUAGGCCGUCAGUUUCAGAAGAAGUAUACACCGUGACAGCAUUUAUGGUGGUGAAGAGAUGAGGUAUUUCACCAGUAGAAUCAAGAUGAGCUGGGUCAUUUUUCUAAUCGCUGCCGUCUGUGCCUUGACCACUGUCCAGUCUGCGAAUGUGUCCGAGAGAGCGACCCCGACUAUCUCCACGGACAAGUACCACAACUACAAGGACUUGCAGGCGCUCCUCCGUCGGCUGGUCUCAAACUACCCCAAUCUGGCUCGUGUCUAUCACAUCGGCGAGUCCGUGGGUGGGAGAAACUUGUCCGUUAUUCAGAUAUCUGACCGAGUGAACGUGAGGGAGGUCGGUGAACCCAGGUUCAAAUACAUCGGCAACAUCCACGGCAACGAGGCUGUGGGCAGGGAGGUCAUCCUGUACCUGGCCCAGUACCUGCUCUACAACUACGGCACUGACCCCAGGGUGACCCAGCUGGUGGACACGACGGACAUCCACCUGAUGCCGACCAUGAAUCCUGACGGGUUCGAGAUCUCGAGGGAAGGGGAUUGUGACAGCAUAUUGGGGCGUAGCAACAAGAACGGUCUUGACCUGAACCGGAAUUUUCCGGCUCUUCGCUGGAAAAACAGCAUCAUCCAGCCCGAGACUCAGGCCGUCAUGGACUGGAUCAAAUCCCAACCAAACUUUGUCCUUUCCGCCACCCUUCACGGGGGUUCGCUAGUUGCUAACUACCCCUUCGAUGACCACAAGUAUCAACUAAUUACUCCAUCAUACGUAUACUCUGCUUCACCUGAUGAUAACACGUUCAAAUCUCUAGCCCGUUCCUAUGCCAACGCCCAUCCCACUAUGAACCGCGGCAAACAGUGUAAUGGCGAAUAUGAUUUUCCAGGGGGGAUAACCAACGGUGCUUAUUGGUACAGUAUUAAGGGUGGCAUGCAAGACUACAACUACCUACACAGCAACACCUUUGACAUCACCCUGGAGAUCUCAUGCUGCAAGUACCCGUCCAGGAGAAACUUAACCUCGCUCUGGAAUGUCAACAGAGACGCUCUCCUCACCUAUAUAGAGCAGACACAUAUGGGAGUGAAAGGCGUCAUCAAGACAAGCAAGGGUGCUCCAAUAACUAACGCUCAGGUGCGUGUGUCUGGCAUCAAUCACGUGAUGACCACGUCAGAUCUUGGAGAAUACUGGAGACUUCUGAUACCAGGCACUUACAAUAUCACCUACAGUGUUGCUAGGUAUAAAUCAGCUAAAACACAAGUCACAGUUCGACCUGGUUCACCUGUGGUACUCAACGUGACCUUUGACACCUCCACUAAACACGGAACCGUCAACGAGGUCUAAAACCAACUUUUUACAAAAUAAAUUGAAAUUGC